AUGGUUGGUUCCACAGAUGAAGUAUCAGCUAUAGUAAUUGACUUGGGUUCACACACAUGUAAAGCUGGUUAUGCCGGUGAAGAUGCUCCCAAGGCUGUGUUUCCUUCUGUUGUUGGAGCAAUUGAUCAAAUGGAUGUUGAUGAAGCAGAUGAUGAUGCCGAGAAGAACUCUGCCACGGUUGGGGAAUCAAAGAAUAAUCUUAGAAAUGUUGAUUCUGACAAGGCCAAGGGAAAGAGGAAAUUGUUUGUCGGAUCGCAGUCCUUGGGGUACCGUAGAGACCAUAUGGAGGUGCUGUCUCCAUUUAAGGAUGGAAUUGUAGCUGACUGGGAUAUUGUUGACAGCAUAUGGGAUCAUGCCUUCAGAUUUGGUUGGCAUUUGAUGUGUCAUAUGAUUCCUUUUUGGAUUAAAAUCCUUGAUGAUUCCUCUCAAAAGCAACAGUCCGUAGAAUAG